AGACUCCGGCGCUUGGUUAGCAGAGGCAGGCUAACCCUCCCGGCCAUACUGUUGGCUAAUGUCCAGUCUCUGGAAAAUAAAAUGGACGAAGUGCACGCACGGAUAUCCACGCAGCGGUACGUACAGGACUGCUCCAUGCUGUGUUUUUGUGAAACGUGGCUGGGACAGGAUACGCCUGACGAACUCAUAACACCGGAAGGCUAGAUGAUCUUCAGAGCCGACUGCGAUGCGGUGGAUAGCGGCAAGACUCGUGGUGGAGGAACGGCCAUCCUUGUCAAGCGGACCUGGUGCACUGACUGUCGGUGGACGAUGCAGUGGCCAUGGCCCUCCACCACACUCUACAACACCUGGACUGUAGCAGAACAUAUGUCAGGAUGCUUUUCCUGGACUAUAGUUCUGAUUUUAACACCAUCCGGCCAGGAAAGCUGAUCACCAAGUUGACUGAUCUUGGGGUCCAGACUACCACCUGCAACUGGAUUCUGGACUUCCUCACAGACAGACCGCAGGUGGUGAGGAUGGGAAGAAGGGUCUCUGGUGAGCUCACGGUCAGCACAGGAUCACCGCAGGGCUGCUGCCUCAGCCCGAAACUCUUCACUCUGUACACCUACGAUUGUGACUCCACCCAGGAUGACACGGUCGUCAUCAAGUACGCCAACGACAUGACCAUCCUGGGUCUCAUUAAGAAUGAGGACGAGUCAGGGUACAGGGCCUCAGUCAACAGCAUUCUGGUCUAUGGUGAGGAGAACGACCUUGUCCUUAAUGUAGACAAGAUGAGGGAGUUAAUCAUAGACUUCAGGAAGAAAUCUUCCCUUCUGCACUCUCUCAUCAUCAGGGGGACUGAGGUGGAGAGGGUUGACAGUCACAAGUUUUUGGGGCUUCAGGCUGGAGUGAGCGUCCGCCCCCUCACACAAGCCUACGGAGGACUCGUGGAGAGCAUCCUCACUACUGCCAUCACUGUCUGGUAUGGCAACACCACCCAGGCAGAGAGGAAGGCCCUCCAGAGAGUGCUCAUUGGCCCACAGCGCCACUACCUGGCACCUCUGCACUCAACCAGGGUGGAGGACAAAUGA